GCUCUUAUUCCACACAAAUCAAUAAGCUGAAGAGCAAAGAUCCAUGGGAAAGAAGAAUAGGAACAAAAAAAAUCAAUGGAAAAAGCGGCUUGAUUCAAAUCCUGGAAGCAGAUUGUCCAUUUCCCUUCUAGAUGUUAGAAAGGAAUUGGACUCUGAACAAAGGAAUGAUGAUAUUAUUAGUAGUAUGGAUGAUGAUAUACUCUGCCAUAUCAUUUCUUUUCUUCCUUUUAAAACGGCUGUCCAAACCAGUUUCCUUUCGACCCGAUGGAAAGAUCUAUGGAAGAGGAAUUUUCCAGUGAGGAAAGGAACCAUAGAUGAUACAUUUAUUGCAAUUUCAAGCUUUCUCCAUGGUUUUUCUGAUCAAUCCCAGCAACCAAGAAGUAAUUUUGGGUUCCAAUUCAAUUUUGGUAAAGGUAGUUUCCUCUCAGCUGCUGGUGAACCUAAUAAAGCACUGCAUCUUGAUUUUUCCAAUGUGAAGCAUGAAUUUCCAUGGAGGUUUGAUUGGUUGCUGGAGAUCAAUGACCCAAGCUACAACCACUGGUACAAUUUCUUGCUAUCAGACUUUGAUAUCCAUACUCACCGACCAUCACCCUUUAUAUUCAAAGUAAAAACCCUUCACCUAGUAUCAGUUUCUUACCUUUCCAGCGAGGCAAUUUCUUCUAUGAUGUCCAAUUUCGAGUUUCUUGAGAGUUUGGCAAUAGAAAAAUGCAAUGGCUUAAGAUCUUUACGAAUAAAAGCUGGUAAUCCAAGGCUUAAAAAAUUAACAAUCUUGGAUUGCCAACAAUUAGAAUCUAUCCAUCUUAAGUGUUACAUUAAUUUGCAGUCACUACGAUAUCGAGGAAAAUUAUUGUCUUUUGAAUGUGACGAUCGUGGCUCAUUUUGGUUUGGGCAUUGGUAUAAUGCUUUCUACCUAAAAGAUGCCAUGCUUGAUUUGAGACAAGGCCCUGGCUAUAGCAACAUUAGUAGUUGUGGAUUUAAGUCGAUCUUUAACCGCAUUAAACGUGUUGAAUCUCUUACACUUUGCCGAUGGAUUUUUGAGGCAUUGAUCUGCCCUAUGCUACCGUUUUCUCAUUUUCUCUGGGGCUUUCAACUCGUACAGCUAAAAGAGUUAUGGUGGAUUGAUUAUUCAAAGGAGAGAUACAAUAGUAAUGCCUUAAUUUCCUUUUUGAAGCUCAGCCCUCGAUUGAGAAGACUCUAUAUCACAGUUGAUCCUAAAAGCUAUAACAGGACAAAUACAACUGAGUAUUCAGUAGAAGCCGCGUGGCUUCCAAGAUUAGAAGAUCUCAGGGUUGUGAAAUUGGAGGGAUUCCCAAAUGAAAAGGAAGAGAUUAUAUUGGCAAAGAGGCUGAAACAGGAAUUCAAUGUGGAACCACUAAUUGUAGCAAAGUCAAAUUAUUUGAAUUGUGUGAGACUUCUUGUAAAAAAACCUAAUGAUGAUGAUGAGCUGCUAAAGGAAAGGAAAGAUUCAUACAAGUUUAUUGAGACAAGAGUUGAACAUUUGUAUGAUUUAUGCCCUAAACAUGUUCACAUGAGCUUGUAAGAGAAUUUUUUGCUUAUGGUUUAUUUCUUUGUAAGAUUAAGGGAAAAGAUAUA